AUAUGAGCGUAAAUCGAUGAUGUGAUGGAUUUAAAACAAAAUUACACAUACGCUAAUAGUCGUUAUAAAUAUAGCGAAUUAUUUAAAAAAUAAAAUAUACAAAAUUUAAUAGACAAAAAAAAUAAAAUAGACAAAGUGUUACCUCCAAAAACUCUCAAAAACUAAUGAAAUAUUUGCUCGAUAAUAGCGUCUAAUUUCAAGUAAACACAAACAAACCAAACUCUUCCAAAUGGUACAUCAUGAUGGUUGCAUUUCCGGGCACGCUUAAAGUCAGAGGGUCCUAAGUUCACGCUUCCCGUAGGCAACUGCUUAUCGCACUUAUGUCGAGUCUGUUUGCAAAACAGACCGAACAGACACUGCUGGGAACUCGAUUCAGCUUAUGUUCGAUUACAACAUCAUUCUUACGAUCGACACCGUCACGGUUUCAUCGUUGGUGAUCCAGCCAAAAAAAAACCAGUGCCCGGAACACAUCACGACCUGGGACGCAAGCGCUUCGGGAUCUAGUAGGAAUUGCUACGUUCGGUUGUGAUCGAGAACUGUCGGGUGAAACUAGAUACGCCAUAACUCGGAAGAAGCGAACGGUAGUGCUCAAAUAACGCGCAACAAAUAAACAACUUACCCACCAAGGGUGUGGACGGAAGCUCGAUCAACCAAUUCCCAUGAUCGGUUGCAGUGAUCUAGUUGCUGUUUUUUUGUGUGUUGCCGUCUGUUUCUUGAAAGUAGCUUAGUUGCGCAGUUGUGCAAUGAGUGAAUGAGCUUAAUUCUUGGUCAAGCUGUACACUUCUUCAGUGCCUGAGAAAGAAUCAAAGUUUGCGAGCGUGUGUGCGUUAUUUUUACGAUCCAUUGCAUCCAUGAGACUUACCAUGUUCGUGUACAGGUUACUGAGCUUCGUAGGGCUGUGCAUGGUGAGACUUGGCCGGGGCGCUGCAAGCAACGUUGAUGAUUGCAACACUGCAACUGCACAAUGCACCUCCCGUCCAUCAUCAGUCACGAACGAAUCAAUAACGACCGUUGACAAACUGCAGUACGAGCUCGUCGCUUCUGGUGAGAUCUUGAGCGAUCCUUGGGCACCACUGCCAACCCUCGCCAACGGUCAUCUCGGUUUCACCGUGUUUGAUAAUGCAGUAUACAUGGCCGGACUGUACAACGGUGCAGGUGGUCUUAGCCAUCGCGCACGUAUACCAAACAUGGCCAACAUACAGUUGGACAAUGGCUGCUACAUCGGAACGGAUCGCGAUUGCAUCGUUACACUCGAUCUGCGGAGUGGAUAUUUUCGCGUAAACUACGGGGAUACCAGCAACUCCUUUCGAUUGACGCACCUAGUAUAUCCACACGCUCUGUACCGGCGCUUGAUCGUUAAUCAGUUUUUGCUCGAACGAUUCACAACGGAAGCUGGAGACAUCAGUUUACCGCUGGUGCCGGGGACGGCUUUCACCAGCGAGGACAUCCAUUUCCAACCCAUUAAUACGGUUGCCGGUGUGCAUUCGAGCAGCUCAUCUUCUCGAGCCGUUCCACAAUAUGAUGACGAAAUGAGUCGCAUUUAUCAAAGCUGCGGCACAACGCUUAAGGUGGAAGAUUCGUCCUAUCAAACCCAGGGAAGGCCCGUGUGUGUGCUAUGGAAUCACGUCCCAGAACGGUUGGUACUGCGCGAGAAUGAGCAAAUGGCUAACUUCAGCUUCAUUAUGGCCGUUGAUGAAAAUGUUGCCGUUGCAGAAAAGGAACUUAAAGCAGCCCUGGCACAAACGGACGAAGAGUUACUGCGGGCGCAUACAUCACUGUGGGGUUCCUUCUGGGACCGUUUCGACAUCCUAAUGACCGGAAACGAACCGUUACAAUACACCGUACGGGCAAGCCUCUUCUAUCUGGUCAGCAAUCUACCGUUCGAGGCAAGCUUCACCAGAUUACCGGGUCCAUUUUGGGGUCUCAGCCCAACCGGACUGGGACGCGGGGGUACAAACCUAGACGACUACGAGGGACACUCGUUCUGGGACACGGAAAUUUGGAUGUUUCCCGUACUGAAUCUGAUCGAUCCGUGGUAUUCGCAGCUGUUAAUAUCGUACCGAAUCAAGAUGCUACCGACAGCGAGACGUCUCGCUACCGAGGCUGGUUACGAUGGUGUCCGAUUUCCUUGGGAAAGUGCAUUUACAGGAGUGGAGACUACACAGCCUUGCUGUCCAGCCGUGGCCAAAUAUGCACAUCAUAUUACCGGCGACAUAAGCUUUGCCCUACGGCAGUAUCUCGCCACCACGCAUGAUCUUGAAUGGCUACGGAAACGUGGAGGCUGUGGAAUGAUACAGCUAAUAGCCGAGUUCUGGAGCAGUCGCGUUAAGUUCAACCAUACCGGUACCGAGAACUACGACAUAGUAGCGGUAAUGGGACCGGAUGAGGAUCAUGAAAAUGUAACCAACAACGCGUACACAAACGUGAUCGCCGGCUAUGCUUUGUAUUUUGGCGAUUUUGUCAGCUGCAUUUGUGGGGAUGAUGUCUCCUCAAAGAAUUGGAGCAAAAUCGCUGAACAGAUCAAAUUUACCUACGACAGUGUGGGUGAUUUUCAUUUGCAAUACGAAGGCUACUUAGCUUCCACCAUGAUUAAGCAAGCCGAUGCAAUUCUUCUUGGCUAUCCGUUGCAAUACCCCGUCAUGAAAGCGUACACGCUCUGGAACGAUCUGAGAAUAUACGAACCGGUAACGCGAUCAACCGGACCAGCAAUGUCCUGGUCUAUGUAUGCCAUCAAUCAUCUCGAUAUAGGAAACUAUCGAGAAGCGGCUGAAAAUUUCAACCGCAGCUACCAACCGUACAUCCGUGGACCGUUUAACGUGUGGUACGAGCUGCAGCAACCAGCCACAGGAGCACGAAACUUUCUUACCGGUGCUGGUGGAUUUCUACAGGCCGUACUCUUCGGUUACACCGGAUUUCGGGUGUAUCUGGACCGCUUAGAGGUACGAUUCCGUUAUGCGCAGGAACUAUCAGCCGUUGGUUUUGAGGUUACGGCGAAAGGAGUACAGUAUCUUGGGGCGCUUAUCGCGGUAACACAAACGGUUGACAAAGCGGAAAUUAUUGUGACUCAUCUGGACAAAGAGCUGACGAUAGAAUUUGGCGAUGGGAAUGCCGCUACCGCAAUCAUUCUCAACAAAGUCUAUCCAGUGCAGAGAGGUGCGAUAGCGAUAAUACGGGCCAGAUCUUAUCCAUACGAAAAUUGUGUGUUACCGAAAGAUGUGAUUGGAUUUUAGGAAGCUCUUGCAUUGUAUCUAUUGAUUAUCUAUUUGUUUAAGUAUGUUAUAUUCAAUUUUACUCUAUUUUAAGAAAAAAUGCUGGUAUAAAUUGCUUUUAAUGCAGUACCGAUCAAAAUCGUACAUUAUUUCCCACAAUGUAAAUCACGAGUUACAAAUUGUAAAUUAAAAAAAGCAUAUCUGAGGCUUGUAAACAAGCUUGUCGAUCAAAUUUGUACACGAAAUAAAACACACGAAAAAGUGAUGUUGCACAACAAAAAUGCCAACUUAUCUCUUAUCGCAUCAUGAUAAGGAAACAGUGCAGGGCAUGCUGCAGCUGUAACGAUUAUGUUAAAUUGUGUAUGAUUUCAAAUAAAGCUUGUAAGUUAUGUA